GUUCAUUUUUCAUUCGUUACACACCUCAAGUUUUUCGUUUCAACAUGAAAAAUAUCAAGAAAUUUAUUCUAUUUAAAGCAAUGCUUUGUUAUUUGCUUAUUGAAUUAACCGUCCAAGCUGCUCGAAUACCUCAGGUACGAAAGAAAAUCAACGAAAAGUGUCAAAGAGACAGAGAAUGUCUUGAUGAGAAUGCAUUUUGUGAUAGCAGAGAUAUGUGUCACUGUGAAGACUAUUAUUUUCAUACUGCAGAUCUUUCUAGCUGUCAUGCAGCCGCUGGGCUUCUUUGUGAAUCUAAUGAUGAUUGUAAUACGAUGGCCAACGGAGAAUGUGGUUCUGAAAAAAAAUGUACAUGCAAGAAAGAUUAUAUACUCGAUAAUAAAAAUUCAUCUAACUGUUUCAUGAAACCAACACGUGAUAAUGACUUUUGUCAAGAAACUCAACAUUGUGUAGAAACAAUUGGAUCAGCAAUUUGUAUUAAUAACAAAUGUAAAUGUUACGGAAGUCACAGAUUUGUUAACGAAACUGGAAAAUGCAUUUUAUCCAAAGGUCUUUAUCAUUCUUGUCAACAUAACUAUGAAUGCUAUGAUGGAAAAGAAUCUAAGCCACUUUACUGUAUUAAUGGAGAAUGUGCUUUUCUUCCUGAAGAGAAAAAUGUUCCCGAUGAAGGUACAUGUUUUAUAUCAUCUCCAACAACAAUUGGAUUAAGUUUAAUAUUAUUUAUUUAUUCAUUACAUCAUUAACACUUCGUUUAAGAUUAUUUCAUAUCAAUUUUAGCUGUAAUUUUUUAAUGUUUUUUUUUAAUGUAUCCAUUUGUACACUCAAUUGUAUAAUGAACAAAAAUUUUGAAUAAUUAAUUUCAGUUAUUGAUGUACACA